AUGAACCGAAAUUUCCUGGAAUUGAGUGCAAUGUUGGAGAUCUUGCAGAAAAAUCGAUGUCAGUCUUCUUCAGUACAUGCAUUUAUGAAUAUUUUAUUUCAUAGCUGCAAGAGUUUGAGGGCAAGGACACAGCAACAGCUAGUUGAUCGUUACAAGUUCAAUGGACCUGUCUUACCCUUCACACCACCUGAACUGAAAGCCAUUGGUUACCGUGACAUCUCGACCCACAACAUGAUCAUCAACCCAAAUGUUCCCCGAGGAUUGUCAAUUCACGACUCUCAGGAGCCGACCUAUGCAAGACCCGACUUCUCUCAGAUGAUCCCCUUCAAACCCAAGGCCAAAUAUAUCCCUGGAGAACACCCAGUCAAAGGUGGUGCUUUCCCCCCACCUCCUGCUGUUGCCAAUCUGCUGUCCAUGCUGCCGCCACCUCAUUGCUUCCGAGGCCCCUUUGUCAAGCUCGAUGCUUUGGUUGACCUCUUCAUGAGACUGAACCUUCCUGAACAAGGGGGUCAAUGGUCAACUACUGGAAGCCAUGAUGUCAGACUGUUUGAACUCUCCAAGUCCGUGCACUGGGUAGUUGACCCCAGUGGAGACCGGAAGAGAAAACUGGUCCCUGGUGACGAUUCAGAUGAUGAAGACGGGAAUAAACCCAUUUUAACAAGUGAUAUUUACAGAGCCAGACAACAGAAAAGAAUGAAGAUUUCAUGAGGUGUUUGCCGAAGGACGACAUGAAGUAUCAGUAAUUACUACAAGACAGCAUACAUUAUUGUAUAACUGAAAUGCAAGUAUCUGUUGAAUAACUCGGCAAGAUGAUAUUUUGAAAGAUUCUAGUAGUAGAUGGAUUUGACAUUCAGAUUAUUACUAUUCUUUUGAAUGAUAUGACUUGUCAGUACAUAUUUUGAACUGUUAUGUACAAAGAAAUCUACACAUUUUACCUGAAGUAAAAUAAUAAAGUUGAAUCUUUUUA